AUGCGUGCUUUUAUUGUUUUAUGCUUGGUUGCAGUUGCUUGUGCUGACAAAUUGGGUUACAACUAUCAACCUGUUGGUCAUUCCGAUGGCGGUUUAUCUUUCCAACCUGGAUCUGGUGUAGGAGUUGGAGGUUUCGAUACUGGUGCUACUUAUGAUGCUCCUUCAUACUCAGCCCCCGCUGAGUUCGACAAGGAAUUCUUCUCAUUCUCUGCACCCGAUAGCGAAUUUGAUGAUCCCAAUGCCGCCCAAAAGAUUGCUGGCAGUGUGAAACAAGGUCUCCGUGUUGUCUUCAUCAAGGGACCCGAAAACAAGGGACUCGAAGAUGCUGCCCUCGCUUUGGCCAAACAAGCUGCCGAUCAAAAAACUGCCAUCUAUGUCCUCAACAAACAAGCCGAUAUUGGAGAUUUGGCCAACAGACUCAAUGCCCUCAACAAGAACGGCAACAACAAACCCGAAGUACACUUUGUCAAAUACCGUACCCCUGAAGAUGCCGCCAACGCUCAAAAAGCCAUCCAAGGCCAAUACGAUUCUUUGGGCGGUCCUUCUCACUCUCACAAUGGUGGCGUUGCUCCCGUCCUCAACUUUGCUUCUCAAGCCCCAGUACGCGCUCCCGCAGCUAAUGCUCCCGGUAAUGCUUACUUGCCUUCAUCUGUGUUCCGUCGUCGCUUGUAA